AUUGUGUUUGGCGCUUGAGGGUUCUCUGUUCAACUCAUUCUUCAUCUCUUGUUAACGUCAUCAACGUUCAAGAAGAAGAAUUUUUCACAUAUGAAAUAAGAGAGUUAUAAUGUUUCACAACUUUAUAACCAAAUUUAAUCAAAUAGAUUUCAAUGUUGUACGCCAUUACAGCAAACAUAACAAAAAAUACCUUUAUAACAACGGAGUAAAAUAUGGAAAUAUUUACUAUUAUCCACGCACGGCAGAUCAUCAAGAUCCUGCUGUAGUACCCGCCAAAUUGUUUCGUGUACAACGCAUUAAACCUGUGAAAGGUAAUCCUUAUUGGGAGAAACGCUUAUUGAACGAGUUAGGCUUGGAUGGAAAGCAAAGUGAUUUCACUGUAGUUAAGAAUAUACCUGAAAUUAAUGCCCGGCUAUGGAAAAUUAAACAUUUGGUGAAAGUAACACCUAUAACAUUUCCAUAUGGUGAACCAAAAGAACAUGAUAUCAAUCACACUUUUUUAAAAGAAAAUGGGGAAUGCAUUGUUACCAAAGAUAUUGGACCAGUAGACGAGAGAAUUGAAGCAUUAGAAAGCUUUGAAAAGGAUGUUAAACGCCUGGAUACCGAACUUUUGAGAAAAGAUGCACGCUUGAAAUGGUUAAACCCCUGGUAAAAGCAGUAAAGAAUUUAUUAAGCAAUAAAAUAUUUAAAAUGAACCUUUGUUCAAUACAAAAAAUUAAAAUG